AGCCGUCACACAAUAUCCUUCCCCAUCAACACACUACUCUACGCUCGAUCUAUAUCAGUGGAGACCGAUUGAUCGUGUUCUGAUUGCAAGGGAAUUACUUUCGAAGACCGUCAUUCACCGGUUCCAUCCCUUCAUCACACCGGUGCCUGAAACCACCCAAUAUGGCGUCCCAGCAAGCCUAUCCGGUUCUCCCAAAGAACCUGCUCAUCAUCUCGUUGAAGAUGUACUUCACACCCACCCGUACGCUCGACUACUGCCGGGCCCUGCUCGACCCCAAAAAUGAUAUUGUCCGCCCGGAGAACCGCUCCAAGCUGUUGCUGGCCCUCAUCCCCGACUUUCUGACUAUCUACCCCUGUGCGGAUAUCAUCAAGGCAUGGGAAUCCACUCUACCAAAGGAUGACACCCCUUCACUGCCGGCUCCAUUCCUGCUUGGGGCUCAGGAUUGCUUCUGGGAGCCCCUCGGCGCCUACACCGGAGAAGUCUCGCCGCUGGCGCUCCGCUCGAUGGGGGUGUCCAUUGUCGAACUUGGCCACGCAGAACGCCGCGCCAUCUUUGGUGAGACAGAUGACCAGACUGGCCUCAAAGCUGCCGCUGCAUGCGCACAAGGUAUGGUUCCGCUGGUUUGCAUUGGAGAGGUCACCGCUCCUGGCCCCGUAGCCUCGCAAGCCAUUGGACAGGCCGUCAGCGAAUGCGAGGUCCAGAUUCGGGCUGUACUCCAGGCCAUCCCGGCGGAGGCACCAGUCAUCUUUGCAUACGAACCAGUAUGGGCAAUUGGGAAGCCCGCUCCGGCGGGUGUAGAUCACAUAUCGGCGGUGGUCGAGGGCAUCAAGGCGGUGAUUGGCACCCGCGUGGGGGACGUCCGGAUCUUGUACGGGGGAAGUGCCGGACCGGGGCUGUGGGGCCCGGGCGGUCUGGGGAAGGCCGUCGACGGCAUGUUCCUGGGCCGAUUCGCCCACGAAGUCGACGGGGUCCGCAAGGUGGUCAGGGAGGUUGAAGAGACGUUGGCUUGAUCAUCGGUCUGCUGCUCCGGCAGAUGCAGGCUCGGGUUACGCUCUCGGACGAUACCAAAACACCAAACCAAACAUAGUACAUCAUGAACCACACUACUAGUGUCUACUACUGCUAGAUGUGGGGGAAGAAUGGGCA